UGGGUGGAGUGGAAGAGAGUGGUUAAUAAUAAAGAGAAAUGGAAAAUACUGUUUGGAUGUUUCAAAAGGAAAAAAGAUGAGCAAAAAGAUUAUCAUCUAUUUCCCUCUUGGUAGGAGUUCUCUCUCAGUUUGUAUGAGUUCCUCUUCUUCCUUGGGAGGAUGCUGUUGCUGUGUAGAUCUCAGUUUGUGUUGCUCUUAUUAUCUUCAACCUUCCCCUUGGUUCAGUUCUAGCCCUUAAGAAGUCUUUUUUUGAGUCUACCUCCAGGGAUCAGCAAGAACCAUCUCUGGAGUGGGGUGUACUGGAUUAGAAGUAAUGGCUGGGAGUGAAGAGGGUGAUGAGCAGAGAAGUAGGUUGGAUUGCAAGCUGGAAAGGGCUACCCUCCAACUGGAAUUGGAGGUUGAGAGUAGCUUGGUUUUGGCUGGGAGAACUCUUGUUGGGAGGAUCUUAACAGCUAAGCCUCUCAAUAGAAAUGCUGUUAAGUGUAUUAUCAGUAUCACUAAGGCUUGCAAUAAUCCAAAAGAUAUGAAGAACUCUGAUAUGGGUACUACUACUAGUGGUUUCAUGUUUACCCUCAAAGAUAAACAGGCAGGUAAGAUGAUUCUACUGGGGGACCUGGAAUGUCAUGGGUCAUCUACUGAAUCUAAGAUGCUGGACCACCCAAGUCUUCAUCUUUGAAGAAAAUUAUGACAUAGUAGUGCAUUCUGGGUACACCAAGUCUACCUCCUUAACGGUUUAAAAUUAAUAUUCUUUGUUGUUAAUCCUGGACUGAAGCUUCAAAGAUGGGAGUGCUUGUGAACCAGCAAAAGGGCAGGGAAAGGAAGGGGUAUCCAUUGGAAAAGUUGGGAGUGAUUGUGAACUAGCAAAAAGGAUGGUGGUUUGAGUUUUGAAGAUUUCAAUAAUAUUAACACUGCCCUCACUUGGAGAUCAGCAGUAUCUUGGGUGACAUCAACGUGUUAGCUUUUUGGUUUCUUUCUUGCGGUUUUGUUUGAAGGAGUUGAAGGAUUUCGCCUCUUUCCAUGCAAAAUUGAAAAGCAAGAUCAGUCUCGAGCUCAGUCUUCAGUGCAUGGCAUUCUGGGUUGAAAUCUCCCGUCUGGUCCUUUGUCUGUCAGGGAUGUAUGGUUCCCAUUGUUUGGGUUUGUUCCUGAUACAGAAAUCUUGUUUAGAUGUGUUGUCAAACAUGCAAGCGUACUCCUUUUGAUGUUAAUAACUCUCAAUGGAAUGUGUAAAAAAUCUUUUUAAUCAGUACACUGUCAAAAGAAAUUAAAAAAAAAAAAAAGUUAGUGUAAGCUGAUUGGAGAUUGAGGGAGGUUAAAAUCUUAGAGGAAAAAUAAGUGAGAAAUACAAUUACAUUACACGUGUAUUUUCUCACCAAACAUGGUCUGUAUUUUAUACAAUAUCAUAGAUGUUGUAGACCAACACAAACAAGGAAACAAGCUCUACCAACUAAAGCAUUGCAUAAGAUUGACCAGCUUAUACAAGUCUACCGGGAGAACAUGCAUUAGGAACCGUUAGAUAAAUAUCAAAUUAAAUGGACGACGGGGAUUAAAGAAAGGCUACGUGAUGAAAGGGUAAGUUAUAGAAAAUUGAUUAUUACACAAUGUUCCUAAAAAAGUCAUUAUUUGCACACACAAAAAGUAACAAAUAACACUACCUAUUCAAACCUUGGUGUCAAAUAACACAAACUAUUCAAACAUUUUUCUAAGUGCAGCAGGGGAGCAAUUGUUUAUGUUUGCAGAUGAAGACUUGAAGGAGAAGAAAAGUUCAUCUUAGCUUUGCUUCCUUUCCUACGCAUGCAUGCACCAACUCUCUCCCACCAACUCCAUCUUGGCAUCUUCCUCUUCUUACUAUUAAUAACACACUUUCCUUCUUUACUUGAUGUAUGACCGUUGCUUUGCUUCUUUCUCAUACAUCAAUCCAACUAAGUAGUUAUUUCCAUGGCCAACACACUACAUAGCAUUACCAUCUCCAGAAUCACGUUUGGAAACCAAUGCCCCAGUGUCCAUUCCGUUUUUCCAUUCGUGUCCACUCUUCCUCUCAGAGCACUGCAUAAAGGAAAACAUGUUGUGCUGAAUAAAACAAUUGUUGUGGUAAAGGCAAAGAGCAACUUUGAUGACACAGAUGUUGAUAUUUCUUUGAGCCCGAGAGUCAAUGCUUUGAAACCAUCGAAGACUGUAGCCAUUAGUGACCAAGCCACUGCUCUUUUACAAGCUGGAGUUCCCGUUAUUCGCUUAGCUGCUGGAGAACCUGAUUUUGAUACACCAGCUGUUAUAGCUGAGGCUGGGAUGAAUGCAAUUCGUGAAGGUUACACGAGAUACACCCCCAAUGCUGGAACAUUAGAACUGCGCCAAGCAAUUUGUCAUAAGCUAAAGGAGGAGAAUGGAAUUACAUAUACUCCUGAUCAGAUUGUGGUCAGUAAUGGAGCAAAGCAGAGUGUUGUACAGGCAGUUCUUGCAGUUUGUUCCCCAGGAGAUGAGGUCAUUAUUCCAGCUCCAUUCUAUGUGAGUUACCCAGAGAUGGCAAGACUGGCUGAUGCAACACCUGUGAUUCUUCCAACAUACAUAUCUGAUAACUUUCUCCUGGAUCCCAAAUUUCUUGAAUCCAACCUUACUGAAAGAUCAAGACUACUUAUUCUUUGUUCACCCUCUAACCCUACAGGAUCUGUCUACCCUAAGGAAUUACUUGAAGAGAUAGCCCAAAUUGUAGCUAAGCACCCCAGGCUUCUGGUUCUCUCUGAUGAAAUUUAUGAACACAUAAUUUAUGCACCAGCAACUCAUACAAGCAUUGCAUCUUUACCUGGCAUGCGGGACAGAACACUAACUGUGAAUGGAUUUUCUAAGGCAUUUGCAAUGACUGGUUGGCGGCUUGGGUAUGUUGCUGGUCCAAAACAUAUUGUUACAGCAUGUGGAAAGAUUCAGAGUCAAUUCACUUCAGGGGCAAGUAGUAUAUCUCAGAAAGCUGCUGUUGCUGCAUUAGGACUAGGCUAUGCAGGUGGGGAGGUUGUUUCUACCAUGGUGAAUGCAUUCAGGGAGCGAAGGGAUUUCUUGGUUAAGAGUUUUGGAGAAAUGGAUGGUGUGAAAAUAUCAGAACCCCAGGGAGCAUUUUAUUUGUUCAUUGAUUUCAGCUCAUAUUAUGGAAGAGAAGCAGAAGGGUUCGGUAUAAUUGAGAAUUCUGAUUCCCUCUGUCGAUACCUGCUGGACAAGGGCCAGGUUGCCUUGGUGCCGGGGAGUGCAUUUGGAGAAGAUACUUGCAUUCGCAUCUCUUAUGCAGAAUCCCUUACUACCUUAGAGGCUGCUGUAGAGAGAAUUAAGAAAGCACUUAUCCCUCUAUGCUCUGCUGCACUUGUUUAAUUAAUGCCAAUAUGUAAUAUGCUUAUUAUGAAAAUAAUAGGUUGUGGCUGAUUGCUCAGCAAAAUGCCACAGCUUCAUUUGUGUUUAAACAUUACCAUUAUUUAGUAGUAGGUGUGUUCGCGGUCUGGAUUGGAUCAGUUUUGGAAGCAAAACUCAUCCGAUCCAAUCCCUUCGGUUUGAUCAUGUAAUCAUCCAUCCGGUUUAGAUUUUUUUUCAAAUCCGAUCCAAUUUUUUUCGGUUUGGAUUGGAUCGGUUUUCGGUUUUCAAAUAUCCUAAAAUUUGUUUCAUGAUUAUUGUGCAAAUAACAUCUUUUGUAUAUAUUGGAUUUGUAAA